AGUGCAAUUCUUCUCCACGACGAGAUCGCGAUCCCAGCAAGAGAAGUCAGUUCAGGAACCACGGUGUUCCUAUGUAUCACUACUCCUUUUGUGAAUCUCUAGUCGCACAAACAAACCCUCAUCGUGGCUCAGCAGCACAGCUAAGAUAACUACAUUCAUAGGAAGGUGUACUUAGCGAUAAGCUGAGGAGUAUCGACACCAUGUCGUCUUUUCGAGCUUCGUUUACUUUUGAAAAUGGAACCACAUAUGACGGUGAAUGGAAGGAUGGCAAAAUGCAUGGGAGAGGAACUUCCGUUUCUGCGGACGGCGGUAUGAAGUAUGAAGGCCAGUGGGAGUUCAACCUUCCGCACGGGGAAGGCAUUUUGACGGGCGUGGAGGAAUACCGUGGUCAGUUUCUCGUAGGGAAAAGGCACGGCGAAGCGGUUUGGAUCCGCGCGGGGGGCGACAGAUACUACGGCCAGGUUAAGAACGACAUGUAUCACGGUGAAGGAAUGGCGUACUGGCCGAACGGCGAACAGUACAACGGCCAGUGGAAAGAAGGCAAAAAAAAAGGCGAAGGAACUCUGAUCGAGGCCGACGGGGCGGAGUAUGAAGGCCAGUUUAUUGGCGAUGAAUUCCACGGGAUAGGGACCUACCUCUACAGAGACGGAACCCGACUCGAGGGCCAGUGGGAUUCGGGAGGUCUGCAUGGCGAGGGCAUCCACGUUACCCCAGACGGCUCGAAGUACAAAGGCCAGUGGGAGAACGGAUCCGAACACGGAGAAGGGAUGUUCACGCAUUCGAACGGCGCACAGUACCACGGUCAGUUCAAGGAGGGAAAGCGCCACGGCCACGGGGUGUACAAUAAUCCCGACGGAGAGAGGUACGAAGGCCAGUGGCAGGACGGCAGCGAGCACGGUGAGGGGGUCCAGACCCUUGCAGGCGGAGCAAAGUACGAAGGCCAAUUGCAGGACGGCAACGCGCACGGGGAGGGGGUCCAGACCUUUCCCGACGGAGAAAAGUACGAAGGCCAGUGGCGGGACGGCGCGAGACACGGCGACGGGGCCUGCACCUAUAAAAACGGAAUAAAGUACAAGUGCCAAUGGUCGGAGGACGAUAUAAACGGCGAGGGGGCUUGGACCUAUCCAGGCGAGACCACGUACCAGGGCCAGUGGAAGAAAAACAAGUGGCACGGCCAGGGGGCUUAUACCUGUGAGGACGGAAGCACGUACAGUGGGCAGUUCCAUGAGGCCCAGCUCAGCGGGGCGGGGUCGCUCGUCUUUGCCAACGGAGACAGGUACGAGGGCCAAUUUGAAGGCGGUCUAGAGCACGGCCAAGGGACGCGGUACUUCCACAAAACCGGAGACCAAUACGACGGCCAGUGGGAGCAGGGCAAGGGCCACGGCGCCGGAACAUACACGACAUCAUGCGGAACAAGGUACGCAGCUGAAUGGGAUCGCGGGGUGGAGCUGCCUGGCUCGCGCAAAGAGCUGCCGAGGGUGAACAAACGCGCGCAGCCGGUUGGCUCUGCUGAUGUCGAGAACGAUGGUUGCGACACUAAAAAAAGAUGAUCUGAGCCGCACUGGGUAGGGGUAGGGCUUUCACAGAGUUUUGGAUUUUUCAUCUCGGAUUCCACUCAUUUGCUGUCCCCACUUUCUGACUGUGACUCGAACUCGAUGAUGUCGACGUCAAUUGAUAUCCCAGCUACAGACGUACGGAAGUAGACCAUAACCAAAAGCAAAGAGAUCCGAACAC